AUGAGUAGUAAUGUAAUGGUGUGGAAUGUUAGGGGUCUUGGAGGGGAAGGGAGGCAAAAUAUAAUAAGAAAGAUCAUUAAGGAUAAUAAUAUUAGUGUUUGUGGCCUUGUUGAGACUCAUUUGGGAGAGGGGAAAGUUUUGGAGAGGGCUGGUAGAAUUAAUAAUAGGUGGAAUUGGGUUUGUAAUAGUGAGGUUUGUGAAAACUGGGUCAGAAUUGUGGUGGGGUGGGAUCCUAGAAAAGUGUGUGUGGAUAUUUUGGGUAUUGAAGAACAGGUGAUUCAUUGUCGUAUCAAGAGUUUUUUGGAUGGGGAAAAUUUUCUUUGUUCGUUUGUUUAUGGGCAUGCUACUAUGAAUCCUAGAAGAGCUUUAUGGAGGAAUCUCAUUGAUUAUAGUGGGAAUGCUAGGGAUAAACCGUGGGUUGCCAUGGGGGAUUUUAAUGCUAUUCUUCAUCUAAAUGAAAAGAGUUCGGUUCAAAGGGGUACUAACUAUGGUAUGGAAGAAUUUAAGGAAUGUGUUGCUGAGGCUAAUAUCAUGGAUAUUGCCAAAACGGGUUUUCAUUUUACUUGGAAUCAGAAGCCUGGAAGCAGUGAUGGCAUUAUGGAAAAGCUUGAUAGGGUCAUGGGUAAUGAGAAGUUCUUAAAUGAUUUCCCUUCAGGUUGUGCUAAAUUUCUUCCUUUUUAUACGUCUGACCACUCUCCUGCUAUUCUUGUUUUUUCGGGGGGUAAAAAAUUUGAUCCGAAGCCUUUUAAGUUCUGGAAUUUUUUGGCCUCUAAACCGGAAUUCAAACCAAUUGUUAAGGAAGUAUGGGAUAAGAGUUUUGUUGGGCAUAAUAUGUUUAAAGUGGUUUGUAAAUUGAAGGAGUUGAAAAAGCCUUUGCGGAAAUUAAAUAGGCAACAGGGUAAUCUCAAUGAGAAGGUUGAAAGAUUGAGAUCUGAAGUUGAGAGGAUUCAGUCUGAGAUUGCUUGUCAGCCUGAUAAUGAAGAUUUAAGGUUAGAAGAAGUGGUGUAUGUUAAAGCGUUUAAGGAAGCGUUGUUGGAUCAAGAAUACCUUUUGAAGCAGAAAUCGAGGGAGAAUUGGCUGAAAGUGGGGGACCAGAAUACUAAAUAUUUUCAUCAAGUUGUGAAACACAAGCAAGUUAGAAAUCAUGUGGGGCAGAUUAGAGAUUUGGAGGGUAAUAUUUAUGAGGGGAAGGCUGUUGGGGAUGCUUUUGUUUAA